AUGCCACCCCGACGUGCGAAGCGCGCUAAACUGGAGCCUGUGGUCGGCGCGACACCCUCGUCGAGAGAUGUGGUCGGCGCGAAAACCUCGUCAGACUCGAGAGCUGUGGCCGUCUUGCCCAAUCGCAGAUCAAGUGCCUUAGGGCUGCCUGUGGAACUCCUUAUGGAAAUAUUAUCAUAUUUUCCUCGCCCGCUGGUUGGGGUCCCUCUCUAUGGGGUAUAUUUCCACAGCACCCCACCCGCUUCCUCUCUUGAGCGCACCAACCUCCUCAGAGCUCUCUCCCAGACGUGUCAACAAUGGAGAUUGAUUUUUCUGUCUCUGCUUUGGGAGCGCGUCGAGGUCUGCACCGCCCGAUCCCAGAAAACUGAGGCUGCGUGGAAUCUUUGGCUCGCCAGAUCAUUGGAGAGGAAAAGCAAAGGCCUCGCGCAAAACCCUCAAUACGCUUCUCAUGUCCGAUGUCUAAACGUCAUACUUCCACGUUGCUCAACGGCAACAGUCCUGCCCGCCUAUGUCAGUUGUCUUCAGGCUCUGCCCAACCUACACACACUGUCGGUUCUUUCCAUAUAUACUGGCAAGAUGACCAGUAGCCUGAAAUCGGCUUUCGAAGGCCGAACAUUUCCCAGUGUGCAAACGGUCGUUGUACCCGAUCAUGUUCAUAAUGUUUUGAGAAGCUGUCCAGAAGUGCGAAGGGUAAUUUGUAACUUUGGUAGUGGAACGGCGCUUGUGAAAGCGAUAGCCAAGGACUGCAAAAAAGUUGAAGUCAUCGAGGACUUUCACACAGAUGAAAAGAUGAUGAAACAAAUUGUGAAUGCGGCGCCUAACCUUCGGACAGCCAGAUUCCCUUGCUCUAUUUCUCCGGCGGCUCUUCUUCUACUAUCUCCCCUCAAAAACCUUGUCAACAUUGAACUUCGUACCCGUGUCCUCAGUGAGGCAGCCCUUGGGAAUGAUGCUUUCUUGGUGAAUGCUAUAAAAAUGGCAAAAGAAGUGCUUCGAAAUCGCGAGGGGCCGAAAUCGUUAAUAGUGCGCCAGUCUUCUGAUAUGUACACCCCCUGGAGCAAGAACAUUGAGCUGGAUUAA